AUGAAUACUUUAGUGAUAGGAUUAAGCUUUUCGCUGAUAUGUUAUUUAAACGGGCAUGAAGAAAAUAAACCAUAUUGGAGCAAAGAAACCAUGGAUUUAGAAGCAUUGCCGUUAGAAAAAUUAUUAGAAAUGAAAAAAGAACUUCGGAUAAAAGAUGAACGUUCGGUACGACGGACGGACGAUGAGGUGGCAGCGGCUACAGCGGAAGAAGACGCACCAAACGCCAUGGCCUUGCGCAGAACCACGGACGUUCUGCGCUCGUCGGCGGCCAGCGGUUCGAUGCAGACGGCCUUUCAGAUGUCCCUUACCGUCCUGUCGUUCCUAGCUUUCGGAGGCUACCUGAUCAGUCUGGUCGCUCAGAACAUGCGCAAACCGUCGCCGUCGAUGGACGGCGCCACGGCGCCACACCCGCUCAAGGCCGUGGUGGUCAACCGGAACAAACGGCCGGGCCUGUUGCUCAGACCGUCCGGCCCCACGACCACGGUCAGCUUCGGCCGGCGCAAGCGGAGCAGGAGGUUCCCUCGAACCACUGUAGUCUGUUCUGAGUAG